AUGGUUCAAUUCAACGGCCCUUUCGGCAAAGUAGGCCCUACCUACUUCCGCCAUGGCGUACGCAACCCUCCAGCAGAGCCCAGCAAGGACUUUGGAGGGAAGACGGUGGUUAUAACGGGCUGUAAUACCGGCGUCGGCUACGAAGCCGCGUUGAAAAUCGCAGGUCUACGCCCAAAAAAGCUGAUACUCGGCACACGGACAAUAGCCAAGGGAGAAGCCACCAAGACCAAAAUUCUCGCGCAAUGUCCGUCGCUAGACAAGUCAGUGAUUGAAGUCUUGAGCAUAGAAUACGCCUCGUUCGACUCCGUCGUGCAGUUUGCCGAGUCCGUCAAGCAAUCAACCCAGACACUGGACUGCGUCCUGCUCAGCGCUGGAGUAGCCAUGCCCAGCUACAAACCAAGCGAAGGCGGCUGGGAGAUGGCGCUCAAGGUGAACGUGCUCUCUGCCGCUUUGCUAGCCAUCGAGCUGCUCCCACUUUUGAAGAACACGCCCAGCAGUGUGCUCGAGUUUGUCGGAUCGGUGGGCCAUACCCACGUUACGAGCGAGCAUGUCGCGCCUUUGAUACAGGACCCCUCCGCCAGUACGCUAGCCUUCUUCAACAGUCCCGACCGGUGGACAGUUGAGAAGAGUUACUGUGAAGCAAAACUCCUUCUCAUGUUCGUUCUCGAGGGCCUUGUGGAGUCACUCGGCGGAUCUGAAGGGGAACUUGCACAACCCCAAGAUCCCGUGCUGCUGGCUUGUUGCCCUGGACAGUGCAAGACCGAUCUCGGGCGUGAUUUCCCGUUGACAAUCAGGUUGUUUAUGAAGGUUUGGAAUUCGAUUAUGGCGAGAUCGGCUGAUGUCGGUAGUCGCACGCUGGUGACCGGGUUGCAGCAAGGGGAGCAGGCGAAUGGACGCAUAUGGGUGAAUGAUGCGUUUGAUAUCAGGUCGCCCGGAUUGACGGAGACGGAGUGGAGGGCCAUGCAGAAGAGGGUUUGGGGGGAGGCGGUGGAUGUGCUGAAGAAGUACAAGCCGGAUCUGGCGAUAUAA